AUGGGGACGUUUCCAUGUUAUCAAAAAUACGUUGAUCCAGGGAUCUCUGCUGAGUUUGAAGCUGCUGCUGUGAGGUUUGGACUGACUCUUGCUCCACCUGGUGUAUAUAAAAGAAACAGGACGUGUCACUACAACAGUGCUGUGAACAAUUCUCCUGGCCUGCGUUUAUGCAACACCUUCUGGAACCGAAAUAAUCCAAACCUGCAGUCCAGUCAGGAUGUAGAUGAGCUAAUAAUGGGCAUGGCGUCUCAGAUCGCUGAGCGAGAGGACAACAUCAUUGUGGAGGAUUUGAGAGACUACAUGUACGGCCCCUUGCGGUUCUCGCGCUCUGAUGCAGUGGCUUUGACCAUCCAGAGGGGGCGUGAUUUUGGGCUGCCCAGUUAUAACCAGAUCAGAGAGAGCCUCAACAUGCGGCCGGUCAACAGCUGGGACGAGAUCAACCCUAAACUCAAUAACACACAGUUGUUAAGGGAGCUCGCAGAGCUAUAUGAGAAUGAUACCUCCAGACUAGAUCUAUUUGUGGGCGGCCUGCUAGAAUCACAGGAAGGACCAGGUCCAGUGUUUUCCAGCAUCAUCCUGGACCAGUUUGAACGGAUAAGAAACGCUGACCGCUUCUGGUUUGAGAACAAACAAAAUGGGUUGUUCACUGAGGAGGAGAUCCAAGCCAUACGUAACACCACAUUUCAUGAUGUCCUUCUGGACGUCACCAGUGCAGAGGAGGGCGACAUUCAAAGAAAUGUAUUCUUCUGGGUGAACGGUGAUCCCUGCCCCCAGCCUCAGCCAAUCACAUCCUCCGAUCUUCACCCCUGCAAAAAGGUCUCCUCUAUGAGUUACUUUGACAACAGCAGCAAGGCUGGUUUUGGCGCAACGGUGGUGGUGCUCUUCCUGUUUCCUGUUGCAAGCUACAUCGUAGCUUGUGUAGUUGCUCAUGUCCGGACAGCCAGAUACAAACGAUUCCAAAAGAAGCUCAGAGGUUCCACCACAGACAAGAAACCUGCACAUGAAACUAUUGGUACUCCCGAGGAGAAGUCCAAGCUUCUGUUUUCAAUGCAUGACAUUAAAGAAGAUGGCUUCUUGUCCAAGGAAGAGUUCACUUCCUUACUCAGGUCUUUCAUUGAUAUCUCUGGAAGUGCUUUAUCUAAGAGUCAGGCUGAGGAUGGUAUAGCAGCUAUGCUUCAGGCAGCAGGUCUUGACAACAAAGAUUCCUUCUCCUGGGAGGACUUUCACUUUCUGCUGCGAGACCAUUCAGCUCAGCUCAAUAUUAAAGGCAUGGAAGUACUUGGUAAGAAAAAACUAUCCAGACAACAGCAAGUAUCUUUCAUUAAGAAAAAUAGUUCUUCAGCCGUGGAAGAGCUUACUCACAGGCCUGAUGGCGAGCAAGACCAGGAACUUCGUCAAAGACAGAUCAAGAAAAUUGAACAAAGCAACCCACAGGUGUAUGUGAGGCCUCAGAGAGAACGCUACAAUAGAAACCCAGUGCAGCAAUGGAUCCAGCAGUUCAAACGCUUCAUAGAAAACUACAGAAGACAUAUCAUUUGCAUGGUCAUCAUAUACGGGAUCACAGCUGGACUAGCACUGGAAAGAUGCUACUAUUAUGGUUUACAGGCCCAUGCCAGUGGUAUCCCAGAGACCUCCUUGGUGGGUGUGCUCGUGUCUCGUGGUUCUGCGGCCGCCAUCUCCUUCCUGUUUCCCUACAUGCUCCUCACUGUGUGCCGUAACCUGAUAACCAUGUGCAGGGAGACUUUUCUCAACAGAUACAUCCCAUUCGAUGCGGCCAUUGACCUUCACCGUCACAUGGCAAUAGCUGCUGUUGUCCUCUCAGUUGUUCACAGUUUGGGUCAUGUGGUCAACGUUUACAUUUUCUGCAUCAGUGACCUCAGCAUUCUUGCCUGCCUGUUUCCUAGAGUGUUCUCCAACAAUGGGUCUGAGCUUCCAAUGAAAUGGACUUUCUGGUUUUUCAAGACAGUUCCUGGUCUCACUGGAGUUCUUUUGCUGUUGAUUUUCGCCUUUAUGUAUGUCUUCGCCUCGCACUAUUUCAGACGCAUCAGCUUUAGAGGAUUCUGGAUCACACACCACCUAUAUGUGCUCGUCUAUGUCCUGACUGUGAUCCACGGCAGCUACGCCCUCCUCCAGGAGCCCCGCUUCCACAUCUACCUGAUCCCCCCUGGCCUCCUCUUCCUCCUGGACAAGCUCAUCAGCCUCAACAGGAAGAAGGUGGAGAUCCCAGUGGUGAAAGCCGAGCUGCUGCCCUCAGAUGUAACUUACCUGGAGUUUAAGCGUCCACAAGGUUUUGUCUACCGCUCGGGACAGUGGGUACGUAUUGCAUGCCUGGCGCUGGGCACAGAUGAGUACCAUCCUUUCACCCUGACCUCCGCACCACAUGAGGAGACCCUCAGCCUACAUAUCCGUGCAGUGGGACCCUGGACCAGCAAACUCCGAGAGGCCUACACCCCUGAGAAACUCCAGGAGUUUGGAGGAUAUCCAAAGCUGUAUCUGGAUGGGCCAUUUGGGGAGGGUCAUCAGGAGUGGACAGACUAUGAGGUGUCAGUAUUGGUGGGUGCUGGGAUUGGAGUCACACCCUUUGCUUCCAUCUUAAAAGACCUGGUAUUCAAAUCUUCAGUCAAGUUCAAAUUUCACUGCAAAAAGGUGUAUUUUAUCUGGGUGACACGGACUCAGCGUCAGUUCGAGUGGGUGUCUGAGAUCAUAAGAGAGGUGGAGGACAUGGACGCUCAGGAGCUGGUGUCAGUGCACUUCUACAUCACACAGCUGGCUGAGAAAUUCGAUCUCCGCACCACCAUGCUGUAUGUCUGUGAGCGGCACUUUCAGAAGGUGUGGAACAGGAGUCUGUUCACUGGCCUGCGCUCCAUCACACACUUCGGCCGCCCACCCUUUUUGGCUUUUCUCAGUUCGCUACAGGAAGUUCAUCCAGAGGUGGAGAAGAUCGGCGUGUUCAGCUGUGGUCCUCCCGGUCUGACUAAGAAUGUUGAGAAGGCCUGCCAACAAAUGAACAAACGUGACCAGACACAUUUUGUUCACCACUAUGAGAACUUCUAGACUGUAUGAUUGAAUCAUAUAAGAAAUACUUAACAACAAAUCACUGAAUCAUCAAUAUUGAUUAAUUUUGAAUGGCCUGGAAUACAUUAUUCCAUUUAAAACAGCUGAGUUGCCAUUAUGAGGUCAUAUGAAUCUAUAAAUUUUUUGCAUUGUUUUCUGUGUUUCUCUCUUUGAAUGCAAAAGUACAUAUAAAUGAUGCACACUGUAGUUUUAGUUUAUUUCAUGUAUUUGUACAGGGACAACGCACAACAACAGUGUUGUGCCAGA